AUGUCUAGUAAUUCUUCUCCAAAUCGUAGUCUAUCGCCUGAUGUUUCUUCUAGAAUAAUUGAUAAUGAGACUCAAGAAGCUGAAAGAGCAGAAUCAUUGAAUGGGAAGCUGGUGUUGGCAACUAGCUCAAAUGAUUCUUCUCCACAACAUGAUCAAUCAAUGAAGCCAGAAGUAUACCAAUCACCGCUGCCAGAGGUAUCCCCAAAUAUCAGGAAUGAUGAUGUCCAGGAUUCUGUAAAGAAUUUGAAUGAGAAGGUGUCCCCAAAGGUCAAGGACGAUGAUGUCCAGGAUUCUGUAAAGAGUUUGAAUGAGAAACUUUCUGCUGCCCUUUUGACUAUCAAUGCUAAAGAGGACUUGGUAAAGCAGCACACUAGAGUUGCAGAAGAGGCUGUUGCAGGUUGGGAACAAGCUGAAGCUGAAGUUGCUUCCCUGAAGCAACUACUUGAAACUGCAUCCCAGAAGAAUACCUCUCUGGAGGAUCAGGUCAGCCACCUAGAUGAUGCCCUUAAAGAAUGUGUAAGGCAGCUUCGCCAAGCACGCGAAGAACAAGAGAAGAAAAUCCGUGACACAGUUGCUAAGAAGUCUAAAGAAUUGGAGUCUGAGAAGUCUGAGCUCCAGCACCAUAUUGCUGAACUCAGUAAGCAGUUGGAAGCCACAAAACUAGAAGCUACUACUGUGCGUGUCCAGCGUGAUCUGCAGGAAAAGCUUCAGAUAGUGGAGAAAGAAAACAAAGACCUCAAGGUCGAAUUACUUGCACUGUCCAAGGACCUGAAGAUACUUGCACGGGAAAGAGACCUGAGCAACCAAGCAGCAGAAACUGCAAGCAAACUUCAUCUGGAAAUUCAAGAAUGCCAACACCGCACAAGAAAUCUUGUGAAUAAUCCAGUUGAAAUUGACCUGAUGGAUGAUUUCCUCGAGAUGGAAAAGCUGGCUGCACUGCCUGAAGUAGACUGUGUAAGCUCUAGCUUUGGAGCUGAAACUGAUUCUGACCAGGGUGUGACUAGAGAUAAAUCAUCAAAAGUUGAAACUGAGUCAUUGCAGUGUCAGGUGACAGAUUUGCUCGCACAGGUUGAAAAAUAUGAAGGUGAGAAUAGGGAGCUCGAAAUGGCUCUUGCAGACGCCAGAGAUCAGCUUGGCACAUCAUGUGAUACCCUAAUAGUGGCCAACAAUAAGUUGAUUGAUUUGCAGAUGCAGUUGGACUUGGCAAAUGAGUCCAAACAUGCUGCUUUUUUGGAGAAGCUGAGCGACUGGAUGUCUAAGUCUGCACAAGUUGAUGAGCUUCAGCUGAUGGUGGCAUCGCUGGAAGAAAGAGUAGACAGGAAGGAGUUGGAAUUCCAGUUAGAGUUAAUUUCUGCUGAGGCCGCAGAUCUGCGCAAGACAGUGGCUUCCCUGGAAGAGAAGAUUGAUGCAGAGAGAAUUCUCUCUAUGCAGCACAAAGCAAAUGCAGAUAUGGCAGAGGCGUCCAAAGAAUCAUUAGAGGCACAGCUGCAGUCUGCAAACACAGAGAUAGGGAAACUGAAAGGGAUUGUGCAAACUUUAGAGAGUGAGGUGCGGAAAGAGACGGAUUCUUGUGAAGAACUACUGAAACAGAUAGAGACUAUGAAGACUGAGUCAGAGAGAUCACUAUCUGUGGUGUCUACCAAAGAGUCAUUAGAGGCGCAGCUCCAGGUAUCGAAUUCAGAAGUUGCAAAGUUGCGUGGGAUGGUGAAUGCUCUGGAGUGCGAUGCAGCAAAAGAGAAGGCGUAUUCUUCAGAUCUCCAGAUGCAACUUGAGGCAGUGGAAGGCAUCAGGAAGGAGGUGAUGAAGCUCAAGGAGAAGGUUCAAAUCAUUAGAAAAUUUACAGCUAAAUCAGAGGAUGCAGUGUCCCGGAAAAAGGCAAUGGAGGGUCAACUAGAAGCAGCAAAUCUGGAAGUUACAAAACUGAGAAACAAGGUGAGCCUGCUCCAAGGGAAGGUCGAGCAGGAGAAGCUUCUGUCAGAAGAGUACGAAGCAAAAUGCCGCAAGCUGGAGGCUCAGGUGUCGAGGGACAGUCGAGAGGCAAAACUUUGGCGCCUCACGAACUCAAAUGGAGACCUGAAGGUGAAGCAGGAGAAGGAACUAACCAGUGCUGCCGGGAAGCUUGCGGAGUGCCAGAAGACCAUAGCUAACCUCGGUCGCCAGCUGAAAUCGCUAACAGAUCUUGAUGGUGUGGCGUCCGAUCCUGAAAUGCUGGAAUCGAGGGACACGCAUCUGGACUUCAGAGAUGGUGGCGACGACCUGCUCUCAGCGGACGUGGUUGACGGGCUGUAUGAACUGGGUCUUCCUAAGAGGAAUGGUAGCUGCCUCUCGCCCCUUUGGUCGAAUCAGACGUCGGGUGGUUUGCCGUCCCUAAGUAGCUACUUGAGCAAAACAAAAAGGUGA